UUGGCUUCGGGGAGGCGGACACUUUGUCUACAUAAGUGGCAGUCGCAUCCUCUGUGCCUUCUAGCUGUCACCAAGGAGAGGAGUGAGAGAGCUGGGGAGAGGAGGCGGACCCAGGGCCUUUUCACCAUGGAUGCAAGUGAAUUCAGGAAGAGAGGGAAGGAGAUGGUGGAUUAUGUGGCUGACUAUCUGGAAGGCAUUGAGGAUCGCCAAGUCUACCCUGAUGUGGAGCCUGGCUACCUGCGACCACUGAUCCCCACAACUGCCCCCCAGGAACCAGAAGCCUUUGAGGACAUCAUCAAGGACAUUGAUAAGAUAAUCAUGCCAGGGGUGACCCACUGGCACAGUCCCUAUUUCUUCGCUUACUUCCCCACGGCGAGCUCAUAUCCAGCCAUGCUUGCAGACAUGCUGUGCGGAGCCAUCGGCUGCAUCGGCUUCUCCUGGGCUGCAAGUCCUGCAUGCACAGAGCUGGAGACAGUGAUGAUGGAUUGGCUGGGAAAGAUGCUGGAGCUACCAGAGUCGUUUUUGGCCAGAAAUGCUGGGGAAGGAGGAGGAGUGAUCCAGGGAAGUGCCAGUGAAGCCACCUUGGUGGCCCUGCUGGCUGCUCGCACCAAAGUGACCCACAGGCUGCAGGCAGCCUUCCCGGAGUUGACCCGGGCCACUAUCAUGGGAAAGCUAGUGGCUUAUUCAUCUGAUCAGGCACACUCAUCCGUGGAAAGAGCUGGAUUAAUUGGCGGAGUAACAUUAAGAGCAAUCCCUUCAGACGGCAACUUUUCCAUGCGUGCUUCUGCCCUGCAGGAAGCCGUGGACCAGGACAAAGCAGCUGGCCUGAUUCCAUUCUUUGUGGUGGUUACACUGGGGACCACAUCUUGCUGCUCCUUUGACAAUCUCCUUGAAUUGGGUCCCAUCUGCAACCGGGAAGACAUGUGGCUUCACAUUGAUGCUGCAUAUGCUGGAAGUGCAUUCAUCUGCCCUGAGUUCCGACAUUUACUGAAUGGAGUGGAGUUUGCAGAUUCAUUUAACUUUAAUCCCCACAAGUGGCUUUUGGUGAAUUUUGACUGCUCUGCCAUGUGGGUGAAAAAUAGAACUGACCUGACCGGAGCCUUUAAGCUGGACCCUUUGUACCUGCAGCACAACCACCAGGACUCCGGGCUUAUCACCGACUACAGGCACUGGCAGAUCCCGCUGGGCCGGAGAUUCCGCUCUUUGAAAAUGUGGUUUGUCUUUAGAAUGUAUGGAGUCAAAGGACUGCAGGCUCAUAUCCGCAAGCACGUGCAACUGGCUCAUGAAUUUGAGUCCCUGUUACGCCAGGACCCCCGAUUUGAGAUAUGUGCAGAAGUCAUUCUGGGGCUGGUCUGCUUUCGGCUAAAGGGUUCUAACCACCUGAAUGAAGCUUUGCUACAAAGAAUAAAUAGUGCCAAAAAAAUCCACUUGGUUCCCUGUCACCUCCGAGACAAGCUGGUGCUGCGAUUUGCCAUCUGCUCUCGUAAGGUGGAAUCUAGCCACGUGCGGCUGGCCUGGGCGCACAUCAGGGAGCUGGCCGGCAGCGUGCUGGCAGCAGAGAAGGCGUGAAAGCCCAGCUGGCUGCAGAGAUAAAAAGCCGACCAGAAGUAAAUCUGAAAACUGGAAUAAGAAAAAGAAAAUAACAUCCUGGCUCUGUGGAACUGAGCAUAUAUUUAGCCUCACAUGAAUCUCCCAAACUAUGCUGUAACUUGUGAUUUUGUGUGUGGAAACCUAAUGUCAGUGGCUGUAAUGCUUGUUCAUUAUUUGGCCAUUAUUUUGUUGAUUAAAAUGUCAAAUGCUCAUGGAGCUAUUUGUGAUGGUAGGAAAGGUUUACUCAAAAUUAUUCCUAUGGCAUUUACUUUGUUAUGUGGCUAAUGAUUAAUAAACAAUUGAUGUCCAA